UUGUUUUGACUUUUGAUGAUAAUAAAAAUGGCACGGAAAUUACGAAAGAGCAUAUUAUUAAAUACAUACAGCUAAGCGUAAGUCGAACCAUUAGAAAACUGUUACAGUUGCAAAAUUAAUUUUCCCUGACUAUAACCAUUUAUUGCUACGUUGCACCUACAAACAUGUAACAUCAUUCAUUCAUGCUUGUGCAGUGCUCAUCAUAUUCAGUGCUUUUCUUUGUUAAAAAGUCGUUUUUAGUUAUUUACUUAUAAAACAACUUAAUCAAACGACGUGUUUUUGUAACCCUGAAAAUCUCAUUCAUUUUACAAAACAAAAAUAUUAUAAAAUGAAUAGUAACAACUGUUUUUCCAAAGGAACCCCAAAAAAAUUUAAGUUGGAAUCAAUCAAUAGGCUAAUGGAAGACCUGAGUAGGAUGGAUGAUCACGACCAAUAUAUAAUAGACAAUAUUUUUGUCAAGGAGGAACCAGUAGACUUCAGUUAUUUAGAUGAAAUAACACAAUUUAAGCAGGAAGAAAAUGUAGAGUAUGAUGAAUUGACAUGUGAAAUACCUAUAAAACAAGAAUUGGAUGAAGUCACAUUUGUAGGCCACAGAAACAUCUUGCCCGAGGACCUGGUAGAACUGCCACUACGAUUUGUGACAGAGGUUAUUAUAAAAAAGGAAGGCGAAGACCUAGAUUACCAGUUUCUUAGUUGCUUAGAAGAUUUGAAGCAUAAAAAUCUGAGAAUAGUUUUGAAAAGAUUCAAAUGCUUCAUGUGUGAUCACUGUCCAUUGUUUUAUAAAACAAAGAAAACAUUAGCGAGGCACAUUCACUCAAAACAUUUUUUGUUGUUUUACAACACUAACAAUGUGUCAAAAUUGAGGCUCUCCUGCAAAAUUUGCAACAAGAAGCUGUCAUACAAAAGUUGGCAUGAACACAUGAGUAUAGUUCACUCAGUCAAAAAGUUUAUGUGUAAACUUUGUCUCAAAGUAUUCAAACAUGAGCGUUAUCUGAAAAAGCAUGUGCUGCGUAUACAUAAAAAACGCAAACCCAAGCAUUUGCUGUCUUAUAGUCCUUCGGAAUGCCCCCUGUGCCUUAAGAUGUUUUCCAACAAGCAUGCCCUGCAUACACACAACAAAACCUGUCACAGCGAACAGACAUACACUUGUAAAGUGUGCAACUCCACAUUAAAAUGCAAGACAUACCUCAACGCUCACAUGCUGAGAGUUCAUUAUGACGACGGGAAGAUGCAUGUCUGUGAUAUUUGUACCAAAAAAUUCAAGUCCCCUCGAUAUCUUAAAAUUCAUAAGAAAAAUUCUCACUACUCUUUAUGAUUUUCAUUCAGUAUACCCAGGCUGUGUUCACAUUGUGCGUUUUAGCCUCAGGUUAGGUUAGAGUAGUUAUUUACCUUAUUGUCAAAGAGAGAGAAAUGAAAUGAAGAGAGAUUUAUAAGAUUGUUGCUAUAUAUUUUGUAAACUUUACUUGAAGAUGUUU